AUGUCCCCUACCCUCAUACCGUCCAUAUCAACGGAAAGUGCGGCGUACUCACAACUUCCCCGUGAAGAGAAACGUCGUUACCAUAAGCUCUCGUCGCUUCUGUGCAUGGCUCUCAUUGUCAACAAGAUGAUUGGGACGGGGAUCUUCCUGACCCCGGCCAUUAUCUUCCAAUACUGUGGCGGGAACGUGCCUCUUUAUCUCCUGCUCUGGCUCAUUGGAGGAGUCAUUGUGUUGAGUGGGUUGCUCAUCUUCCUCGAGUUUGCCCUCAAUCUCCCGUUCCGAAACGGUGGUGAGAAGAACUACUUGCUCCGUGCGUUCCCUAACCCCAAGGGGCUUGCCGGUUGCGUGUACGCCUUCCAGAUGGUUCUUUUGGGGUUCUCGCUGGGCAACUCGUUUGCAUUUGGGAAGUACUUCUUAUAUGCCUUUGGGUAUAACGUCGACGGCCAGGACGAGGAAGACUGGAGAGUCAAGCUUGUCGGGGUCGCGUGCAUCAGUGGGUGUGUCUGGGUGCACAUGAAAUGGCCCAACCAGGGCACCAAAUUGUUCAAUUUCUUGGGCAUUUUCAAGAUUGGCAUUUUAGUCUUGAUUAUUUUGUUAGGGGCCAUCAAAUUGGUCACUGGAACUGAGCCUGGCAGCGUCUCUAACAGUGUUUCUAGCAGCGUCUCUAGCAAUAGCAACAGUAUUAGUUCUAGCAGCAGCAGUUACUCCAUUGCUAUUGCCCUUCUUGAAAUCAUCUACUCCUUCAAAGGAUGGGAAAAUGCAAAUUAUGUCUUGCUGGAGGUGUCCAACCCAUACCGAGUCCUCACAAUCAUUGCGCCACUCUCGGUGCUCGUCACGGUCAUUCUUUACUUCCUCGUGAUCGUCUCGUACCUCGUGGUGAUCCCACACCAGGAACUCAUGGACAGUGGAGUCCUCGUAGCUGGUGUGUUCUUCACCAAGAUCUUUGGCGAGUCCUUAACCUCCAAGAUCCUCCCGAUCUUCAUUUCGCUCUCCAACCUUGGCAAUGUUCUCGUCGUUUCCUUUGCCCACGGCCACGUGAACCAGGAAUUGGCCCGUAGCAAUUACCUCCCCUUUUCGCAUUACUUCACAAACUUGAACCACGCCUUGCUCUUGCAUUGGUUCAUCACCGUGCUUGUCCUUGUGGCCCCACCAUCGCUGGCCAUCUAUGAGUUCGUAGUCAACUUGUACAUCUACCCGGGCACAUGGAUCAAUGUCGGUCUCACCAUUGGACUCCUUUACUUGAAGUGGAACUCUCAAUCUCUUCAAUGGGGCGCGUACAGUCAAGUUGUCCAUAAUGAGAGACUCACAGCCACGGAAACCACAGAGCUUCUUGAGGAGGAAAACGAAUCCUACACAGACUUUGACACCUCUUUCGGUCUGAUUGCGCCACCUCCCGGUGAAGAAAUCCCACCCCCCAUACUCCCUAGCACAUUCUCCGUUCCUUACCCGUUCAUUUUCAUUUUCCUUUUGGCAAACGUCUUCCUUGCCUUAUUCCCAUUCGUGAAGCCUCCCUCAGGGCUGCCUGGAGCCCUUCUGCCCAUCCCUCACUGGUGCUUCCCCACCAUCGGUCUGGGGGUUCUUGCAGCUGGUGCUGUUUGGUUCUACUCUCGUCAACGUUUCCAUGUCUGGAGACACAACAAGACUGGCGCUGGUGAGCCGGUUGUUGAGUACAAGGAGGAUAUUUUAUAG